AACCAAAAUUAAAUUAAAUCAAAUCAAAUAAACUCAAAAAGCCCCAAUUUAUAAACGAGUUUGAAAUCGUCAUAAGUCUGAAAAUGGCCACCAGUACAAUUGCCAUCAUGGAGCCCUGCUUCUCGGAGCGUCUGCAGCAGAGUCCUGCGACAAAGUCCUGCUCCCAGCAACCCACCAUCUCCUCCAGCCCACGGUCUCCUGCCAAGUGCUGGCUCCUCGGUGUCCUGCUGCUACUCACAAUUGCCGCCAGCUGGCCAACGGAAACAUUCGCCGCACCGCAAAGGGCUCGGGGACUCUCACUGGGGUGUACAACUUCGGGGCCCUUAAGCCACAAGCCCAAUUUGAUAACGAACAAGACUGAGGGCAUGCCCUUUUGCAAGGACAUAAAUUACUCAGCGGAAAAGCGGUUGGAGCAACUCGAGUCGGCACGCCAACUGGCCAGUAACACCAAGAAGGCCGUCAUCUGCUUGACCAAUGAAUACUUGUCACAGUACGAACUUAACAUGACCCUUGCCCAAAAAAUGGAAAGUUUAAAUGUACUUAAACUGAGACUGGAGCAUCCGCUGCAAUCGGAGGUGAAAAAGGUUGCCUUCAACAAGCAAACGGAGAAGUUUUCCUACACGGGCACUGUGGGCGAUGUCACCAACGAGCUGCCCGCCAUUAUCGAGACCCUGCUCGUCUUGCAGAACCUCUUCGAUCAGAUUGAGUUUAAGCACCAAGUGUGGCACUGCUACUUCUAUCGCUUCAUGGACUUCUCCAGGGAUAACAUCCAUAAAGCCCUGAAUGUGACCAACACGAAGAAAGCGUGCAAUCCCAGGGAUGCGAAUUACAAUAAGAAUCUCUUGCACCUUCCGUUCGCCUCGGCCGUGGAGACCAUUAAGGUGCUGACCGUCAUGGAAUACAAGUACGAGCAGCUGCUUAACCAGAGUUAAGUACACUAAUCCACCGAUCCGCUGGCCAAAAGCCACCGCAACAAGCCAUACCAAAAAUAAUCGCCCAUAAUGACCCACUGCAAUCUCAAAACACUCGUAUUUCGUAUCCAGUUUAUUAUAACUUAUUCGUAUUUAUAUCGCUUUCUUAUUCUAUUUAUAUACAU